AUGGAUUACACUUUUGUAAUUUUUCUAACAACAUUGCUCGUCCACUUGGUGUUCAGUGAAGAAUUACAGAAGACAAAUGCUACGGACCCAAAGGACAUUGGCCGUGAAGAAGCGAUUACUUUCUACCGACAGAGUGGUUCAAACCUAACCCUCAACAAGCUGGCAGCACCGUUGGUAACGAAUGUGACUGCUGAAAAUAUUGUUGGACUUGCACCCGGCAAUACUUCUCAGCCGUGGUCACUGAUGAAAUUGCCAAGAUUAGGCAACUCAAAUCAGAGUGUUUCUAGACUUCAACGUGAUAUCAGUAUUCCAGUCAACAUAACUAAGGCCUCCUUUGUUACUGAUGGUGGUUUGCAGUCCAUCUCACUGCCUCCUCUGUUAACUCUUAACCACAAUAUGUCAAAAAUACCUGUACCUAUUCCUAACAUAUCUGUUGUGAGCUACACCAGAGCUAAUACAGUUGUGCGUAAACCCUAA